AUGCCAACCCCAGAGAGAAAAAAAAAAACAAGAAAAAAGAAAAAGUUAGUAGUCAUAGGUCUUCUUAAAAAAGGAAAUCCAAAAAAAAAGUUAUUUUAAUCCUUAUUUAGAAAUCCUCAAGAACAUCUAGUAGGAAUAGAGAUCGAAAAACCUAUAAACGGGAUAGUAAAGCUUCAACAUUAAAUAUGUAAAUCUUUGGAUAGGAUAUAAUGAAAAAAUUACAGGAAUAUAACAAUGGGAAAAGAACUGAAGAUUUAAUGUGUAUUGAUUGAUUUUGAUAAGCCAUGUCAUUACUUCCAUAAAUGAAGCCUUCCUAAAUUAACAGUGAAGCCAAUAUAAUUGAACAAAAAUAAUAGAAAGAUAAAAAAAGCAUGUAAAAAUAAAGAUUGCUGAUUCCGAUAAAUUAUGAUACACUUAUGAUCAUUAUAGACGAACCUUUUUAUAAAGAACACUUGUCUGAAGAAAUGAAUAAUUUUAUGAAAAUGAAGUUGAUAUCUAGUAUGAAAAGAUAAGUUAUAGAUUAUAAGACUGAUAAUUUUUUAUCUAUGAUUGACAAAUUAGAGUAAGAUUUAACAAAAAAGGUAGAUGUUGAAGAAUUAGAGAAUUAGAUUUAAUUAGGUGUUGUAAAUAGUAUUUUUAGUAUUUUGAAUAAUAACAAGGAAUUAGAAAAUAAUUUGGAUCCUGCAAUAAAAGAUAUUUUAUAAAUGAUGGAAAUAGAAAAGCCUAAUAUAAUACAGGAUGAUAAAUAUUUUGAAGCUAAACAGAUGUUUUAUGAUAAUAUAUAUUAUCUUAAUGUAUCGAUCUUCUUACUUAAAAAUUUAUAGUAAAUGUGUUUUUGA